UCCACUCCACUUAUUCCCAGUCCAGGAGAAGUCCGUUAGUCAAAGCACAGAGGAGACGCAGCGAGGAGAUGCGGUCCACCUGAUCAAAGCGCUUCAGUUUUUGUGAUUGAAACUUUUGGAUAGAAGUUUUUGGAAAGAAAAAAAUUUGGAGAGAAGAAGAAACUUUGGAUAAAAGACUUUAGUAGAAAAGAAAGCCAGACUCUGGAGAGGAAAGCAGCCUUCCCAGACGUUCCCAAAGUUCUAGAGCAGGUGCACAGAUUGAUUUAAGCACUACGAGGAGUAAAAGAGAUGGCCUCCGCGGCUCUGGAGAUCCUGGGUCUGAUGCUGUGCGUCUUCGGCACGCUCUUGGAGAUGGUCGUCUGCGGGCUGCCCACCUGGAAGGUCACCGCCUUCAUCGAGGCCAACAUCGUGGUGGCGCAGACCAUCUGGGAAGGCCUGUGGAUGUCGUGCGCCGUGCAGAGCACCGGCCAGAUGCAGUGCAAGAUCCACGACUCCAUGCUCGCUCUCAGCCACGACCUCCAAGCCGCGCGCGCGCUCACGGUCAUCUCGUCGGUGUUGUGCGUCAUCGGGCUGAUGGUGGUGAUCGCCGGCGCGCAGUGCACCAACUGCAUCAAGGCGGAGAACGUGAAGGCACGCGUGGUGAACGUCGGAGGGGUCAUCUACAUCAUCAGUGCCAUAUUCAUGCUCGUGCCCCUGUGCUGGAUGGCCAACAGCAUCAUCUCCGACUUCUACAACCCGCAGGUGCCGGCGUCCCAGAAGCGGGAGAUCGGAGCGGCUCUCUACAUCGGCUGGGCGGCCACCGCGCUCCUGCUGCUCGGGGGGAGCAUGCUCUGCUGCUCGUGCCCAGCCUCCAGAAACUCCGGCUACUCGGCACAAUACGCGCCCACCAAAAGAUCAACACCCAACGGGGACUAUGACAAGAGGAAUUACGUUUAGACCCUGUUUGAAAUGAUUUUACAGUAACGUUACAUAAAAAAAAGUUAUUGUGUGUUGCUCCACCUGCAGAUGUUUCGGUUCUCUUGUAAAACUUCAGACUGAUUUUCUAUCUUGGACUACUGAUUGGAUCAAUUUGUUUUAUUUAACACGACGUCUUUUGUGGAUAUCCAUUUCUGAAAGGUGAACAUUUUUUAAUAACUUUAGUAACAAACAUUAUGCAAAGCUUAACAGGUCAUUAAAAUAGCCUUCAUUCAAUGUCCUGAAACAUUCAUUUGGCUAUAUAU